UGUGCCAAGUCGUACCUGCCUAACCUGCCCACCCUGGACGCCUCCGUCGUUUAGACCAGGAGCAAGAUACCACCCCCGUGCGCCUGCACUCCAUUUUCGCUCCUCGCGGCGUCCCUUCUUCUGCUCUUCACCAACAGCGAUACCGAGCAGUCUUCCGCCCUUUGCCUGUUUUCGGACCGCCUACCACGAGGCUUCGAUUGCGCAGUUAGGUGUUGCUGUUGCCCUGGCAUCCACCUGCAGGGCGCUACGCACUUCGUUCCCUUCCCCGGCAUUCCAAUUGCAUGCCGCGCACAUAGCCAACAACAACACUCGUUUGUCGCCGACCGCCGCCCUUUCUAGGACCACUAUAGCAACUACAGGACACGAUCAUUAACACCUUUGCCGCAUACGCUCUUUAACCAUGUCGGCGCCACUGUCCCCUCGAGGGGAGAAUCCGCCUCACCUGCGCCUCAACUCAGGCUCGCAUGACAUAAUAACUGACGAUAACUCGGCGCGACCUACCACCGCACGAACCACCUCGGCGCGAUCACUGACGACAUCCCGACCCGGCACGGCAUCAAACCCUGGCCUGCGAUCAGCGACAAAUGUGCCGAACAUCUAUUCCAAUGUCGGCUUGGCCGACUCUGGGGACUUGUUGCUCCCACCGCAAAAGUCCAAGCUGAAGGCUUUCCGAGACGAGUCGCCGCUGGGCUCACCGUCAGGCAUGUCCUCGCGGCGCACAAGUUGGGACUCUGACAUGUCGUCGAGAGGGCCCUUUGCCUCGCCAUUCGAUGAUUCGAGAGCACCAUCGCGGGCGGGCAGUGAGGAGGACCUCAACACACAGACCGUAUCAGAGAAGUUCAACAUCCACCCUUCGGCAGGGUUGCUGCUGUUCCCAGAAGACGUCGAGGCGGACGAUGCGCUGCACAACCCUGAGCCGGGCGAGAAGGAAACGCGCGACUGCGACAUCUUCACAAAAAGAGGAAUGAUGAAUCUGGGAGGUCUUGGAAUCAUGAUGCUUGGCCUGCUCUUCCUGUUCAUUGGCUACCCCAUCCUUACUUUCGUUGAUAAGUUGACGCAGAAGGAAGUAGGUCCUUGCACGAACAACCCGCUGUGUAUCAAGGGCAAAGAGAGCGAACCGCUACUAACAAACCUGCGACACGGCCUAAUCGAUCCAGAUACGCCGCAAUCCGCCAUGACACGCAAGUCGUACGAUGGCUCAACGCAGAACCUAGUUUUCUCCGACGAAUUCAACACCGAUGGACGUACUUUCUACGAUGGCGAUGACCCGUAUUUCCAGGCUGUCGACAUCUGGUAUGGCGCGACGCAGGAUUUGGAGUGGUAUGACCCCGAUGCGGCUUACACGGAAAACGGCACACUCAACUUGAAGUUCGAUCUUUUCAAGAACCACGGUCUUAACUACCGAUCAGGCAUGAUUCAAUCUUGGAACAAGCUGUGCUACAAGGGUGGUCAUCUGGAGGCCAGUAUUUCGUUGCCUGGAAAGGGCGACGUCAGUGGUUUCUGGCCCGGUUUCUGGACCAUGGGCAACUUGGCUCGCCCUGGUUACCUGGGUUCGACUGAAGGAUUAUGGCCAUACAGCUACCAUGACGAGUGCGAUAUCGGUAUCACUCCAAACCAGAGUUCGUAUGAUGGUCUCAGCUACCUGCCGGGUAUGAGGCUCCCAGCCUGCACUUGCAAGGGCGAAGACCACCCCACUCCUGGCAAAUCUCGCAGCGCCCCUGAGAUCGAUGCUCUGGAAGGCUCAGUGCACUUCCUAGGACCCGGCGAGAGCAACGCUGUAGGCGUGGUAUCUCAGUCUUUCCAAGCCGCGCCUUUCGACACCUGGUAUAUGCCAGACUAUGAGCAGAUGGAGGUCUACGACAACACAAUCACCAUGAUGAACGCAUACAAGGGUGGACCCUAUCAGCAGGCCAUCUCAGGUCUAACCAACUUGAAUACCGACUGGUACGACGGCAAGCAAUACCAGAAGUACGCCUUUGAGUACAAGACAGGUGGCAAGGGUUUCAUCACCUGGUACGUGGGUGAUGACAAGACCUGGACCAUGAAAGCACCGGCUACACGCCCCACCGGCAACAUUGGUACUCGAGUCAUUCCAGAGGAACCGUUGACUAUCAUUGCCAACUUUGGCAUGUCCAACAGUUUCGCAGCUAUCGAUUUCGCCCAAAUCGCGGCCAUGCUCCCCGCCGUCAUGCGCAUCGACUACAUCCGCAUUUACCAGGCAGAGGGUGAAGAGAACAUCACUUGUGAUCCUGAAGGAUACGAGACCACCGACUACAUCAGGAAGCACCCCGAUGCUUACCAGAACCCCAAUCACACAGACUGGAAAUCGACUGGUUAUUCUUGGCCAGAGAACUCUUUCAUGUCCGACUGCAAGGCAUAAGCCAUUCGGACGCUUUUCGACGCCUUUCUUUCUUUCUAGAUCACAGAGGACUGCCGGAUGGUCCUUUAGUGCGAUCCAUCUUCGUGGGCGGUCACAUUUGCUUACGAUGAACGACAAUACCCCAUACCGACCCCCGCAACGCACGUAAUUAUAGACGUUUCCUUCUUCGACUUGUACGGCAUUUUCCUGGCGGCAUUUCUCGCAAGACGCAUUUGCAUUCGGAUCCGACAGCUAGCUUAUUGCGACUUCGGAUCUUGCGGCUGGCCACCCGGCCUAAGAAUCCGCAGGUGUCGAGCUCCAAAAUGCAACAUUUCGACUGUCCGUUGAGGCUGGAGUUCUCAACACUUCACCUCAAGCCGCGCCGCCGGCGCCGCUUACUGUUAAUCUGAAUCUUCGCUUGAGCAUCAACAUCUUUGCAUUUUGCAGCCUCGGCUCGUACAAAUCAUG